GAAAACGCAGCGGACACGCGCUCAUUAAAGCCCUGACAAUCAGUCUGAAGGCGACUGUCUUACUGUGUUUCUCCUCUCAAAGACUUUUAAAAGUCCUCAGAGCGCGUUGGAUAAUGGAUCUCUGUGUGAUCGUGCUGUUGUCUUUGUGCGGGCUGCUGCGGGGCCAAGAGACCACAGCUUCCAACUCGCUGGACGACUGCUGUAAUGAUGGCAAAAAAAGAGGCCAGGAGUUUCAGGACUGCACGAGUCUGCCGCUUAUCUCCGAAUCCACCACUUGCAGGAUCGCUCAGGAACAGUGCUGUUCUGCGGUUCUUGAAGACAACAUAUGCACCAGCGGCAUCAACAUGGCGAAGGACCAGGGAAGCUGUGACGCGCUCUUGUCCAGCAGCACGUGUGAAACAAAAACAGCUAAGACGUGCUGCGAGUGCUGUUUGCUCGGCCGGGCGGCCCAGGAGCGAGGUCUGUCAUGUGACCUCACCCUCGCCGUGUGGUACCAGUGCGGUCUGGUGUCCCGGGCCUGUUGUGUGGACCGAUCGCCCAACAGCGACGGGAAACCUACACAGGACUUACAGCCAUCACAGGGUGAUGCACAGAACACAGAUGAUCAAUGCAAAGCUGUGGGCUGCUCUCAGCAGUGUCUUAAGGGGACUUGUGUCUGUUCGGAGGGAUACAAGCUGAAGGCGGAUGCGAAAACCUGUGAAGACAUCAACGAGUGUUUGCUGGGCUCUCAUAACUGUCGUGUGGGUGAACGCUGCAUCAACAUGCAGGGCUCGUAUCGCUGUCAGAGGGUCAUCAGCUGCGGGACGGGAUACGAGCUCACCGACAACAACAAGUGUCAAGACAUUGAUGAGUGUGAGACGGGCACUCAUAACUGCGCAGCCGAACUGGAGUGUCAGAACACAGCCGGCUCGUUCCGCUGCCGUCCCAAAGUGCAGUGCGGCGUGGGAUUCAUUCAGGACGCUCUCGGGAGCUGCAUCGAUAUAAACGAGUGUUUGAGCGUGACGGGACCGUGUCCGUCGGGUCACAUGUGCUUCAACACGGUCGGCUCCUACACCUGCCAGAGACACUCGGUGACCUGUGGACGUGGAUACCAUCUGAACGCCGACGGCACUCGCUGCGUGGAUAUCGACGAGUGCGCGGGGCCUGAUAACUCCUGUGACGGUCACGGCUGUAUUAAUCUGGUGGGCUCGUACCGCUGCGAAUGCAGGGCCGGCUUCAUCUUCAACAGCAUUAGCAGAUCCUGUGACGACAUCAAUGAAUGCAGGAAUUAUCCGGGCCGUCUGUGUGCGCACAAGUGUGAAAACAUCCUUGGCUCCUACAAGUGCAGCUGCACCACCGGCUUCAAACUGGCCGACGACGGCAGGAACUGCGACGACCUCAAUGAAUGCGAGAGCAACCCGUGCACUCAGGAGUGUGCCAACGUCUACGGCUCCUACCAGUGUUACUGCCGCCGCGGUUAUCAGCUGAGCGACGUGGACGGGAUCACCUGUGAAGACAUCGACGAGUGUGCGCUGCCCACCGGUGGACACAUCUGCUCUUACCGCUGCCACAACACGCCGGGCAGCUUCCACUGCACCUGUCCCGUCACAGGAUACACCCUCGCCCCCAACGGACGCAGCUGCCAGGAUAUCGAUGAGUGUGUAACCGGUACUCAUGGCUGCACUGAAUCUGAGAGCUGCUUCAACAUUCAGGGCGGAUAUAAAUGCCUGAACUUCAACUGUCCGCCGAACUACAGACGCUCAGGAGACACUCGCUGUGAGCGCUUGCCUUGUAAUCAGACUAGCGAGUGUCUGGCCUUGCCUGUGAGAAUUACCUACUACCACCUGACAUUCCCCACCAAAAUCCCCAUUCCCACCAACAUCUUCCGCAUGGGCCCGUCCAACUCGGCGCUCGGGGACGACAUCGAGGUGGCCAUCGUGGACGGUAACCAGGGAGGCUACUUCGCCGCCAAACACGUGGACCACGGCGGCGUCCUGGUGGUCCAGAAACCCAUCACGCUUCCUCAGGACUUUGAAAUCUCUCUGGAGAUGAAACUUAGCCGUUUCGGACACCUUAGCGUUUACCUCUUUAAGAUUCGCUUGUUCGUAACCCCGGACGAGCUCAGCGACACCAUCACCGAAUGAAACCCGAUUAGCAGAACGCUUCAUUAGAUGCUUUUAAAGCACCGCUCGAUAACACUUGGGUCUCUCGUCUAAUGUUGCCUUCAAGUCUAUCUGGAAAAAAAAUAAAUAAAUAAAUAAAAAUCACACUUGUACUAAUUUGGGAAACUGGAAAAUUAAAUUAAAAAGCACUGCGAGUGAAAAAUUUGCACUAAAUGAAAAUUAAAAAUAUUGCCUUGGAAUGACAAAACUCAAACUUCAACUAAAAUAAAAGUAAACCUAAAUAGUCAUAGGAAACAUGAACAAAAUUUCAUUAAAAUGUAAAAUAAAAGCUAAUGUUUUUUUGUUUUUUUUUUAAAUUAAAACAUAGAAGCUAAUGUUUUUUAAAAAACUUAAUAUAUGUAAAAAUAAAUAAAAAAGUAGUUACCAAAAAAAAAAAAAACAUUUUCAGUAAAAUAUGCAUAGCAAGUGGUUAAAAAUGUGGAAUAAAUUCAAAGUAAAAUAUGCACAUUAAUUGGUAAAAUAAAAAGAUUUUCAAAAACAUUCACAAUAAAAAUGCACAAUAAAUGUAUAAAAAUAAAUCUUUGAAAUAUGCAUAUGAAAUGGUUAAAAAAUCUGUCAGUAAUUUUCACUAAAACAUGCAUAUAUGGAAUAUAUAAAUUAUGCAUAUAUGAAUUGCAAGAACAUUGUCAGUGAAAUAUGCACAAAGUGGUUAACAAAAAAUUGCCAAAAAACAAAACAGAUUUUUAAGAAAAUAUGCAUAGAGAGUGGUUUAAAAAAUUGCAAUAAAUGAAAGAAAUUACUUUUCUGUAAAACAUGCACAAAGUGGUUUAAAAAAUGCAAAAAAAUUAAAAGUAAAAUAUGCACAUUAAAAUAUGCACAGUGGUUAAAAAAAAAUCACAAUAAAUGUAUUGGAAAAAAUAUAUAUAUAUAUAUAUAUAUGCAUAUGAAAUGGUUAAAAAAAUCUGUCAGUAAUUUUCACUAAAACAUGCAUAUAUGCAAUUUAUAAAUUAUGCAUGUAUGCAUAUAUGUAUUGCAAAAACAUUGUCAGUAAAAUAUGAAUAAAUUGCAUUAAAAUGCAUAAUAAAAAAAAAUUAAAAAAUGAACAAAUGUAAAAAUCAGUUUCUUUGAAACAUGCAUAUGGUUAAAAAAUAUUUUAGUAAAUUUCAGUAAAACAUGCAUACAUAAUGUCAAAAAUGGCAACAAAAUCUGUUAAAUUAACAUUUAUACUUUCAACAAUUUUGAGUAAAGUAUGCACAAAGUUGUAGAAAAAAAUAGAACUAAUUAAAAAAAUAUAUUUUCAGCAAAAUGUGCACAAUACAUUUAAAAAAUAUAUAUUUUCAAUAAAAUAUGCACAUAAUGAUUUAAAAUGCAAUAAAUGUAAAAGAUUUGUUAAAUUAGCACAUCUAGUGCAUAAAAAAUUGCAAUACUUUUCAGUAAAGUAUACACAAAGUUGUAGAAAUAAGAAAAAUUGCAAUUAAUAUUUUCAGUAAAAUAUGCACAGUGGUUAAAAAUUCACAAUAAAUGUAUAAAAAAAUCUUUGAAAUAUGCAUAUAAAGUGGUUAAAAAAUCUUUCAGUAAUUUUCAGUUAAACAACCAUAUAUAGUGUCAAAAACUGCAAGACUGAAAAUCAGUUUCAGUAAAAUAUGCACAGAAUGAUUAAAUGCAAUCAAUGCAAAAGAAAUCUAUUAAAUUAGCACAUCAAGUGCAUAAAAAAAUUGUAUGUAUUUUCAGUAAAAUGAAGUGGUUAAAAAAUUGCAAAAAAAAAAAAAAAGUCAGUAGAAUAUGCACAAAGUGGUUUUAAAAUGCAAUAAAUAAAAAAAAUAAAGAUUUUUUUUUAAAAAAUAUGCACACCAGUUGCUUUAAAAAAUCUUAAGAAAUGUAAAAAAAUUGAUUUUCUUUUUCUAAAAUCUGUAAAAUAUGCACAAAGCGGUUUAAAAAUGCAAUACAAAAUUAACAAUAUGCACAUCAAUUAGUUAAAGUCUUAAUAAUUGUAAAAGUUUUAAGUCAAAUAUGCGCAUGAAGUGGUUAAAAAAAACUAAUUAAAAAUAAAUUAUUUUUUAGUAAAAUAUGCAUAUAUAAUGUCAGAAAUUGCAAUAAACUAAAAAAAAAAAUCUACACAAAGUGGUUUCUAAAAAUGUAAUAAAAAUCAGUUAAAUUAACGCAGUGGUUAAAAAAUUGCAAUGCAUUUAAAAAUGUUCAGUAAAAUAUGUACAUAAAGUGGCAGAAAUUAAUCCCUGAAGAAAAACAACAGAUAAAAAUGCUUUUCACAUUUCACUCAGUAUAUUGUUUAGUCAUCACACAAUGCACAAAGUGGUUUUAAAAUGCAAUUAACUUUUUUUUCAUAAAAUAUGCACAUCAAUUGCUUAAAAAUCUUAAAUGUUAAAAUAUAGAUUUUCAGUCAAAUAUGCACAUUAAGUGGUUAAAAAAAUGGUAAAUUUUAAAUAAAUGUUCUUCAGUAAAAUAUGCAUAUGUAGUGUCAAAAAAAGAAAUUUGUUAAACCACAUAGUGGUUUAUAAAAUUGCAACAACAAAAAAAUCAGUUAAAUUAGUGCACUAAGUAGAUAAGUAAAAUUUCAACACAUUAAAAUAUGUACAUAAAGUGGCAGAAAUGAAUCCCUGAAGAAAAACGGCAGAUAAAAAUGUUUCACAUUUCACUCUCAGUGCUCAGUCAUCACACAGUAAAAUAAAAAGCCACAAACGUGGAAUCAUUCACUCAAAGAUCCCUUACAACAUUCUACGAUCACUCGUAAACAUGAUACCAAGUGAGACUUGAAGGCAACAUUAUUCUAGAGACGCAGGACAAAAUAUGACCUGAGGUCAAGCUGUUCAUGUAUCAAACCUGCUGUUCAUUAUAUACUGUAGUCUGUGACUGAAGCUCAAACUGUGAUCAAUGUGAGACUUGUGUAUGUCCUGAGCCACUAGAUGGCGCUUUUAGGCAAAGCAAAUCAACUGGAGUCAAAAUCAAUAUAUCCUUAGACUUUUUUUCUUUUUAUUAUUCUAUUAUUUUUAGUCCUUCAUUUUCUAAUAAAAUUUUACUGACUGUA